AAAAAGGGAGCUGGGAGAAAAGUGCACCGCUCGAACCACGCCUACUCAACUCUCGUUGGCUAAUUCAGGUUAUACUGACCAAUGAGAAUGCGCGUAGGCGUAUCCAGGGGAGGCAGAUCUCUGGCUAACUAUUCACCGCGACAUUCUUUUACAGUUCGACCGCAGAAGCAGAUGUGUUGCCAGGGUCUGGAGUGCUGGAUGGGAUGUUGUUCUGUGAUUGGCUGUUCUUUGCGGCAAGGAAGAGUCUGAUUGGCUGCUGAGCUGCAGGAUCCAUGUUGGCGAAAGGAAUUAAACGAAAAUAUUCGGAGGUGGAUGGAGGGAUAGGGAGCAACCCUGAUCCUGUGUUAGAUGGGGAGUGUCCUUGUUCAUUCCCCGCCAUCCAGUCUCACUGCUUAAUGAACAUUUCUCUGGUGAAACUUCACCGUAGUCUUCGACAUGUAGAGCCUGAUUUGAGGCAUCUUGUGUUGGUGGCUAACACACUACGACGUCUUCAGGGCAACUUGCAGGUAGAGCCAUGUUCACCAGGUAUGUGGAAAACAUCUGAGGAGUGCACAAGAAAAGAGUAUGUGCCGGCAGUGGGCACUGAGAGCAAGAAGCCAGCCCUUGAAAAUGCAGAAGAUCCACUGCUUUCCUGCAUGGAUGCCACUUUAUAUUCUUCCAUUUCUACCAUACUCGAGGACUUAAAUCAUUUUGAGGGACUGAGCAGCUCACCUCUUCCACAGAUCGAAGAUGACCAGCUGUCUACCCCUAAGUCCAACCCAGUUUCAGGGAGUACCGAGGACAUGUUGAAACUGGCAUCACCGUCCAGCUUUCUAAGUUCCUCGCCAUACCUUUUGGGGGACAACUUAGAGGACAUAUUUGAAGACAUUGAUACCUCUAUGUAUGACAGUGACCCUUGGGCGAGUAGUAAUCUUUUAAACUUUAAAACUUUUUCAAAUGUGGAUGAUAUUGAAGAAAAGAAUGGUGAAAGCACCGUUCUAGCACUUAGUGAAUGGGACUAUCUAAUGGAUGCUUUUGGUGAGAGCCAAGGACUGCUAGCAAACUCUGCAGUUUCUUUCAGGACUCAAUGAAGUAUCUUGCAACAAGACACUACUGUAAAUAAUGUGCACACUGGACCUUAAUUUAUUUUUAAUAACCUCAUUUCACAGUCUGAAGGCUAUAUAUUCAUAGCCAGCAAAAUGCAACUUUCAGGGAAGUAAAAUGUUAAUAUAUUUUUCAUGGAGAAAAAAAAAUCCUAAAAGAUUGCAGUUUAUAAUCUAAGGAAGGAUAUUUUUUUUCUUUAGGCGCAAGGCUAGUGCAAUUCAGUAUAUAAAAGUGUAACAUUAUUAGAAACAAGUCAUGCUAUAACUGCCAUUGGGCAGUAAAUUAACUUCAACCCGCUGCACUGGAUGGCAGUGCUCCGGGUUUUCUUUGGGUUUUUGGGGAUGCACCGAAUCCACUAUUUUGGAUUCGGCCGAACACCCGAAUCCUUCUCGAAAGAUUCGGCUGAAUCCGAAUCCUAAUUUGCAUAUGUAAAUUAGGGUUGGGAAGGGGUAACAAGUUUU